AUGGGAAUCAAGCCCAUCAUCUCACGCACCAAGGAUGGGAAGAAGAUCAGGGGAGAUAGAAUCCAUGCGGGGAACCUCAUGCCUCUCAUUGACCAGCUACUCUCCUACAUGACAACCGCCUAUAGCACUCGGUUUCAAACGGAAAGGAAGCUUAGUGUUGGAGGAGUCAUCACGCCUAUCCUCUGUGCCGCUGGAGUCCAUUUGGAAAAGAGAAGGAGUUGGAUGGGAGGUUCCAAUUCAAAUUCACUCACCCUUUGGCUGGCCCCUCCAAGCGACCCUGAGCUCACCACGGUUCUAGGAGGUACCAACAUUGACUUCAGCCCCCCACUUUACACAUUAGUUGCGCAUGAAGAGGAUUUGCGAGAAGAGGAGCCUGAACUCGAUCGAGCUGAGGAUCGAGCUGCGGACAACACCCAUGUGAAUGCGGAUUUGGGCGAGCCUGAUUGCUACUACUUUGAGGAGUAUGAGGCUCCUAGGAUGAACCCCUCUAUUGUGGCUGCCCACAAGAGUAUUGGACUUCUCCAAAGGUUCAACAAGUGGCAAGGGAAAGCCAUGGAAAAGAUGCAAAAGUCCAUAGACAAGAUGGUGAGUAAGAUCAAAAGCUUGGAGAAGAAAGUUUCUGGUUCUUCAAGGAAGAAGAAGAAGGGACCCAUGACUCCCACUUUUCCUAGGAGUAGCACUACAAGAAACGCGGCGUUUAACGUCACUUUAAUAACGUUACUUUUCAAUCUGACGUUAAAUAAACUUAAGUGA